AUGGAAAAGUCUCAAGUCGACCACGUGGAAGGCCUUGAGCCCCAGCUUUGCCGUGAGGAAGCGUCAUGGGCCAAAUUAGUCCCUGGCGGAUACUCUCCAUCUCGGUGCAUGAAACUUCGAGGACGGCCUAUGAUCAAUGCCAUUUUACUUCUCGCCGGAACCUCGAUAAUGUUUUUUGGUUACGACUCCUCGUGCAUGAGCCAAGUUGAUACAAAUUCUGACUACUUGCGAUACAUGGGGACCGACUCUGGUUCGGCACGCGAUUCCGCAGCGGUAGGGGGGCUGGUCAGUGUUUGGUUUGGAGGUUUUGGAAUAGGUGCGAUCCUUGUCGGCUGUCUUGCAGAUGAAAUCGGUCGCUUGAAGUGUAUACAACUCGGUUGUAUCUGGGCUAUUGUUGGUUGUGCGCUUCAGGCAUCUGCGCAGAACUUUACUUGGAUGGCCUUUGCACGUAUUAUUGGAGGUGUGGGCUGUGGGCAUCUGAAUACCAUCGUGCCUAUUUGGACGUCAGAACUGGCUGAUUCUCGCGAUCGGGGCGCUUUUGUCGCUGUACAAUUUACAUUGGCUCUUACCGGAGGUACUAUAGUAUAUUGGACAGAAUACGCAUGUUCAAAGACUCAGAGUCUCGCGUUCGCAUGGCGAUUCCCUCUUGCUUUGCAGCUGAUCUUCCUGUUGUUCAUCCUUUUCGCGACGCCAUUCUAUCCCGAGUCACCACGCCAUCUAGUCAGAAUAGGUCGAGUCUCCGAAGCACGGGAGAUAAUGGCAAGGACACGCAUAAAUACCCUGGAAAGUGAAGUCGAGCGCGAAUUGGCAGAGAUAGUGGCGGCAAUUCGCCUCGAAGCCAAUGAGCCACCACCUUCAAUGUGGAAGACAUUCACCACCCGCGAUAAACUGCACACAAGACGCCGGAUAAUGCUGGGUGCCGGUGUCCAAAUUAUGCAGAAAUUCACUGGCAUCGAUUUUAUUUCUACCUAUGCGCCUGAGAUGUUUUCCUUGGCCGGUUAUACCGGUGACAAACCUGCCUUACUGGCUGGAGGUAAUUUUUUCGGUUACACAGCUAGUUUGGCGCUAGCGAUCUAUCUCUGCGAUCGGCUGGGUCGUCGUCGGUUGAUGUUGAUAGGGUCGUCUUCCAUGUUUGUAGUGUUGGUUGCAGGCGGUAUUUUGGCCCACGAAGUCAUCUCCAAGGUUGACACAAAUCCAGCUCUGUCGUCACGAUGUGGCGCUGGCGUUGCAGCCGUGCUUUAUCUAUACUCUUUCAUAUAUGGGAGCACAUGGCUUACCACAUGCUGGGUCUACCCUACUGAGAUUUUCCCACUUGUCAGUCGAGCAAAAGGAACUGCGGUAGCUACAGUGGCGUUUUCGUUGGCAGGUGGAAUAAUCAACGAAAUUAUUCCAUACCUCAUUGACGCUGUGUCAUAUUGGGUCUUUAUCAUCUUUGCCCUUUUGAACUUGGUGAUGCUUGUCCCUAUAUAUCUAUUCUACAUUGAAACGGCCAAUCGGCAUUUAGAGGAUCUCGACUUCCUAUUUGCACACGACAGUCCAUUUUUCUGGCACGCCGAGCGCGCGUUUGCGAGUAGAAAAAUCGAGGAAGCGGCGGCUAAUGAGAAAGUCAAUCAACAGGGACUUCUUUCAGAACGUGACUUAAAGGUUGAGGUUUGA